CAAUAGCCAGCAUCAAACAGGGCAUCGUUUCUACACCACGAAUCGGACAUAUCGCGUCUCACUAUAAAUGGGUCUCUUCUUUUGAGUACCGCAUCCGCUUACUCUCGAUAAAUGGGUAUAAAAGGGACUCGAGAGAUUAACGAAUUCAACAUAGGCUCUCCUCUACAAUUCCAAUUCCCCUUUCUCAAAGAUGGUCUCCAUCACUAGUCUCAUGACAGGUCUACUGGCCUUGUCCUCUUCAGCUGUCUCUACCGCAAUUCAUCGCCGCUCAAUCACACCGCCAGAAGGAUGUCCAAUUCCUACCUGGACCGUCAACAACUUUCACUGGUAUAAUGGCUCCCACAGCUUGGACUGUAUCCAUAACCAAGUCGACAUUAACACCAAGGGCUGCCUUUGCGGGUCAGGCUGGUGUGAACCGAAUCAGGCAACAUGCAAUGGUAGCUGGGUGAAUGUCUGCUAUACUGGCAUGCCCAACUACCAGCCAUGGGGCUACGGCCCACCCCAAACUCUUGACAUCAAGUUUGCGGAUGGCUUGACUUGUCACGAUGAGUAUAUCGGCUAUCGGAUCCACGAUAUUGCUCACGGCGAGAGCAACUGCGGAUAUGCUGAUCGAGGUCUGGGGAGAAUCGUUGCAUUCUAUGGCUCCUCGGAUCUUGACUCAUCCACGGGCCAUAUGGACUAUACUCUUGGUGCCGGGCAUGCACUCAAAUGUGACAACGGUAGCUCAAUUACAUACUCUGGGAGUGUGGACUUUGCUCUGUCUUGCACUCAUGAUGCCGAUUUCAAUGCCACUUGCACAGCCCCGGUUUUUGAAAUCCCCGUCCUGAGUUACCAGUGGGUUUCGUCCUCUUAAAUCAACAGGAGAGAUAUCAAACUGCAGGUGGACGUUGGGAUUUUACCAAGACGCCAGACUAUCUCAACUGUCAGUGGACCAGAGUGAUGAAGUAACUGGGUUCAAAUAUGAUUCAGAAAAACGGUCUUCUUUCUACCAAUGGUUUCUAAAAGCCACAAUGCAUUAGAGAUGAGUGUGAUUGUCAAAUCCGAAUAUUCUUUGUGGUAGUCUAGAAUGUACAAACCUUUGAACCUUGCGAGGAAAUGGUUCAUACGUGUUGCGGAAAACAAAACCAUUGAAACGUGUGUG